AUGGCCACUCCAGAGAGCGCUGGAGAGAAUCUCCCCAAAUUAUCACCCGGUGAUUUUCGAACGUACAACCGGAUGGCAGAGCAGAUGGAUGCAUUUCACAACCAUUUCCGAAUGACAUGGAAUCAAAUGUGGGAUGCCUGCAAUGCGACAGGAAAGCGCCCCGGUGGAAUCUCUGCACGUCAAAUGAUCACUAUGGGACUUCAAUUUUGUUCUCAACUCGAUUUCCACCACUCAAUUGAAGAACAACAUAUCUUCCCAGUGCUAGCGAAGAAAAUGCCCGAGUUCAAGAAAGAGCUUGAGCUUUUGAAACAACAUAAACAGAUCCACGCGGGCCUGGAGAAACUCGAGGCUUAUCUUGAAAGCUGCCGAUCUGGCGAGGAAGAUAUGCGACGCGAAGAAGUGAAGCGAUUAAUGGAGGGAUUUGGAGAGGUCUUAUGGAAGCAUUUGGAUGCGGAAGUCAAGACGUUAGGUGCUGAGAAUAUGCGCCAGUAUUGGUCGCUUGCUGAGAUGCGUCGCCUUCCAAUGUAA